AUGAACUCAUUCUGGAAUAAAAAGAAUUCUUUUAAUAAAAAGCCUGCGAGUGUUUCUGUUAAGACGGAGACUAGGAAAUUUCAAGCGCCGGCAACGAGUAAUCCUCCCACCAAGAAGCAGAAGACAGCUGGGGAUUCACUUGAGCGCGGUUCUAGUAAUUCACUUGAAGGCAGCAGUAGUAAUUCUACUAGCAGCACCACCAGAAGCACCUGGUUACGCGACAACCACACUCCAAUAACUCGCAAUCCAAUCACCGCCAGUAAGGAGUCUAAUACGUUCGAUAAAGCAACAAAAUCCUCCCGGCAGCUGGUGAAUGAGCAAGCGAUGCAAUAUACAUCUUACUUUGAUGAUUUGAAUGGCAGUGGUAGUGACCCCUUCCCAACUAUCCAGCUUCAGCUCCCUGCAGGUAUUGAAGAGUACGCUCUAGCAGUGCCGAAGAACCGCGACAAUUACUCGCCCAUCCACGACUUAGUCGACACCAUAAAGAUUCUGAUCGCCUGGUUUAUUCCGCCGCAAUCCCGCGGCCUUUUCGGAAAUACUGAGACAUACCACAGUUCCACACAGAGUAGCACAUCGAGCGAGACCUCUACCUCAAUCUUACGACUCCUUCAACGCUCAUUCAACAGACGACAGGGAAAGUUAUUUAUAGAUGCGAUAGACCAAUUCAACAGGGAAUUCCAGCAGCUUGUGCAGACGGACCAAAUCACCAAACACCUCGAAUCGCUUCAAGGCAUACACCCCCAAGUAUGGACACAUAUCACCACUCAGUCCUACCAGCGCAUCGUAGGACCGAGAGUAGCCGACUUGCGCCACUACGAGCCAUUUUCAUCUAACAUUUAUGGUGAGAUUAUGCCCCCGUUCGUCGCGCAUCUCGCACACAGAAUGCACAUUGGACCCCAGACACUAGUUGUGGAUUUAGGGGCUGGUGUUGGUAAUGUAGUGCUCCAGCUGUCGCUCGCUGCCGGAUGCAAGAGCUUCGGGGUGGAGGUGAUGGACAAGCCUGCUGACCUCGCACAGGUGCAGCUGAGCGAAGGCAGGGCGAGGUCGGCCAUGUACUCUCUCGAUUGUGGUGAGAUGUACUUGGAGAAAGAAGAUUUCUGCCAUUCUUCCACCCUCUCGCGCAAAUUGCCAGACGCGGAUGUGGUGCUUAUUAAUAAUUACGCGUUUUCUGCUCAACUCAACGAACAGCUGUCGCUGCUCUUUUUGGAUUUGAAAGACGGUGCCAAGAUUGUCUCUCUCAAGCCAUUCUUGCCUGCAAACUUUAGAAUCUCGGAUGCUACGGUCAACUCGCCCCUCGCGAUUCUCCAGAUGCAGAAAGGAGACUACUUUCCCGGCUCGGUGAGCUGGACGGACAAAGGAGAUCAUUACUAUAUACACACGGUUGAUCGCACGGCGCUAAACAGAUACUUGCAGGGCAAGUGA